UACAGCUCAGGAACGCGCAAAUGCGCAAUCAUUUAUGAAUGGAUAGCAUUCCGUGAUUGAGUGGGAGUAAAUUAUAUUUUUCCAAAUUCAACAGUGGGAGUAGACCGGCACUUGAGAGGAGCAGAAUAAUCCGUCGCACUGAAUUCCCUCGCAAUCUCUCUCUCUCUCGUCCAGUCCAGAUAAGCCCCUUCGCUGUACUCUGUCGUCGUUUCCGCGUCUUGUCCUUCUGGCUGCAAUUCUCCAAAUCUUCUCAGGAAUACCGUGGCACUUCUCCGGCCAAGCUCCACGGCCAUGUGUAAGCUCCGCUCUAUCUUCAGCCUCUUCCUCCUCUGCUCCGCCGUUGCUUUGGUCUCUGCUCGAGGUCGAGGGUCUACUACUGCCUCCAAAUGGCAAACGCUUAGCGGACGUCAACCCAUAGUCAUUUCUCGCGGUGGAUUUUCAGGGUUAUUCGCUGACUCCAGCUAUAAUGCAUAUCUUUUUGCCAAGCAGACUAGCCUAACUGAGGCGUCCAUGUGGUGUGAUGUACAACUAACAAAAGAUAAUAUUGGAAUAUGCUUUCCAGAUAUCAAGCUUAACAAUGCCUCUAAUGUUGAUACACUCUUCCAGCAUAAGAAUAAUACCUACCUUGUCAACGGGGUUCCAACUCAGGGAUGGUUUUGCAAAGAUUUUAAUCUCACAGAUUUGGCACGAGUCAGCUUGAAUCAAGGAAUUUAUUCUCGGACAUUUAGAUUUGAUGGCACCCCACAGCAGAUUCUUACCGUCGGAGAUGUGUUAAAUCAAUUUUCAGGAAUAUGGUUGAAUAUCCAACAUGAUUCUUUCUAUCGUGAACACAAUCUGAGUAUGAGAAGCUUUGUUCUUUCUGCUUCUAGAGGCGCUGUUAUUGACUACAUUUCAUCACCUGAAGUGAGCUUCUUGAGAAGUAUCACAAACAGAUUCAAUCCGAGAGUGACGAAACUAGUUUUCCGGUUUCUUGGAAGUGAAGAAACAGAACCUUCAACCAACCAAACAUAUGGAUCUUUGUUAAAUAAUCUUACCUUUAUUAAAACCUUUGCCUCGGGGAUUCUAGUACCUAAAACUUAUAUCCUGCCUGUGAAUGAGUCCUUUUACUUGCAGUCUCAUACAUCUCUCGUACUGGAUGCUCAUAAAGCAGGUUUAGAAAUUUAUGCAUCAGACUUUGCCAAUGAUUCUCCUCUUCCCUACGAUUACUAUUCUGAUCCUGUAGCAGAGUAUCUUUCCUACAUUGACAAUGGCAACUUUUCUGCGGAUGGUGUGCUCUCUGACUUCCCAUUAACAGCAUCAGCUGCAAUAGGGUGCUACUCUCAUAUGCAGAAGGACGACAAAAUUCAAGUGACUGAUCUUCUGGUUAUAACAAAUGAUGGAGCAAGUGGGUAUUAUGCUGGCUGUACUGAUGUUGCAUAUACUUCAGCAGUUUAUAAUGGUGCAGACAUUAUUGACUGUACUGUCCAAAUGACCAAGGAUCGAAGACCUUUCUGCAUGGGUUCUGUUAACCUGAUAGGUGUGACAACAGCUGCAGAAGUAUUCAACAACUAUUCUCGUAGCAUUUCAGAGCUUAAAACAGUUCGUGCAAUACAUAGUUUUGACCUCACAUGGGGAGAUAUCCAGAACCUAAAGCCGACAAUUUCAUACCCAUUUCUAAAAUAUCAAUUAAAGCGAAAUCCCAAUGCCAGAACUGUGGGGAAGUUUAUGACACUUGAUGACUUCUUGACAUUUGCAAAAAAUGCUACAUCUCUUUCUGGUGUUGUCAUUAAAAUAGAGAAUGAGGCAUACCUGAGAACAUUGGGACUGAGUGCGAUUGAUGCUGUUCUGGAUGCUCUAAACAAAAAUGGAUACAAUACUACUCUUACAACCAAGAAAGUUAUGAUUCAAUCCAGCGACAGCGCUGUUCUGGAAAAAUUCAUGAAUAGCAAGUAUGAAACUGUUUAUGGGAUUAAGGAGGACAUCCGUGAUAUUGAGAACUCAACUAUAACAGAGAUAAAGAAGUUUGCAAGUUCUGUGGUUGUAAGCAAAGAUUCUGUGUUUCCAACAGAUGCAGAGUUCCUCACUGGGCAAACACACGUGGUAGCAAAGCUGAAAAAUGGCAAUCUUAAGGUAUAUGUGCAACUCUUCAGCAAUGAGUUUGUAUCUCAAGCAUGGGACUUCUACUCUGAUGCAUAUGUGGAGCUGAACAGCUUUGUUUUUGGUGAAACUCCCAUUGAUGGUGUUAUAACAGGCUUCCCUGCCACAGCUGAUAGAUACAGGCGUUCCUAUUGCAUGGGAUACAAGGAAUUACCGCAAUACAUGCAACCAGUUCAACCAGGCAGUCUUCUUCAACUCAUAACUCCUCAACUUUUACCACCUACAGAGGCUCCUAGUCCUACGCUGACAGAGAGUGAUAUAGCUCAGCCAGAUCUACCAGCAGUUUCCAAGGAUUCUCCUCCUCCACCACUUCCUCCUGCAACCACAUCAUCACCUCCGCCUAGACUUCCACCUAGCGGGCAACCUUCAACCACCUUUGGUAUUUACGCAAUGAGCAUGUGCAUUCUUCUCUCACUUUUGAUGAUUUGCUGAUUAAAUGUUAUUUAUUUGUGUACAAUUUGUAUCUCCAUCUACUACUACUAACACUACGAUAUAUGUAUGUAUUCUAUUCUAUGAUGUUCUGAACCCACUGGACACGACCUGGAUUUGUUCAGAUUGCACCUAACCAGAUAUCCUGUGACCUUCAUACUCUAGGUACACUCCAUGAUCCUUGUCGUUGCCCUUCAUUUCUUUUUUUGUUGUUGUCUUUAGCUAGAUGCUAUCAUGUCAUUGUAUUGUACUGUAAAAACAGGGGGUUGUAUUAAAUUUAUUUAUUCAAUUGAGAUGGUAAAAAAAUCACCAAAGAUUCUUGAAAUAUAAGAUUGAGCCUUGUGAGGUCCCUUGAGCCCGCCU